GCAUACAAGAGAAAAACUGAGGCUGCGAAAAAGGAAUAUUUGAAAGCACUCGCGGCCUAUAGAGCCAGUUUAGUAUCCAAGAGCUACAGUGACCAAGUGGAAACAAAGAAUGGCCAAUCAUCUCAGCAAUCGCACAUGAUUCCCCCGAAGCAGCCUCCCUAUAACCUACCCCCGCACACCUCAGCACCUUACAUUGGACCAAAUUCCUUCCUCCCUCAGUCAGAGCUGCAAACGUACUCGGGCCCCUCCCACCAUGGCCUCUCACGGACCCUCAGCUCCAAGACGGUCAUGUCACAGAUGCCCCUGAGCGGCUCUCCCCCUCCCUCGCUGCAGAUCAGUCCCCCCCUGCACCAGCAGCUCUCCCUGCAGCACCAUCACCAUCAGGGGCAGCAACAACAGGCCAAUGUCCUCAGCCAGCCCAUCUCCAUGCAGUCAGUGCAGAACCAGCGAAUCAUCUCUCAUCAGGUGCCAUUGCAAGCCCAGCCGCAACUUCACUCUCCAGCAGGCCAGCAGGGAUAUGCCCACAUGCAGCCAGAAUUUCAGAACACAGUCAGCGCCCAGUCUCCUGGUCCUAGUGUUUCAAACCCACCUGUACAGAGCACCGAGUGGGAGAACGAAUACUGCAACAAUGACUGUGUCAUCAGCCACUGCAGGUAAACAGCUGCCAAUAGUGACUCAGCC